AUGGCCGAAGGAUCACCCACUUGCUCGGUUGGUGGCUUUUCAAGAUACCGAUGGCAUCAUCCGAGUAGGGGGAGACUGGAAAACGCUCCAGACUCUGAUCAACAGAAGCAUCCUGCAAUUCUACCUCGUAAUGCUGCUCUAACUCGACUCGUCAUCUCUGAUGCCCAUCAGCGUACCAUGCACGGUGGUACUCAACUCACACUCGCUCAUACUCGCUUACGAUAUUGGAUCAUCGGUGGGCGACAACCAGUACGCUCGCACAUACUCAAAUGUCUCAUCUGUGCUCGUCAUCGAGGUAUUCGAGCUCAGCAAUUAAUGGAACAACUCCCAGCUCAACGUGUCACUCCAGCGCCACCAUUUUCUCACAUUGGAGUCGAUUACGCUGGUCCAGUAUGA